AUGAACAAUGAGAUAGAAGAGGAGGGAGAAGAAGAUGGAAGGAGAGGGCUGGAGACUGUGCGAGAGAUUCAGUAUGAAGGGAGCAACAGUGGAACAGUGUCAAUGAACGGAGAGGACAACGUGUAUGUUGGAGUUGGUAAAGGAGACUCAAGCAUGGAGGCAUUGCGUUGGGCUCUUGACAAUCUCAUCACUUCUUCUUCUAGUCUUCUUUACCUCAUCCAUGUCUUCCCUGAGACUCGCUCCAUACCUUAUCCACUGGGAAGGCUGACAAGGGAGCAAGCGAGUCAAGAACAACUUGAAACCUUCAUGUCUCAGGAAAGGGAGAAGAGAAGAACUCUGUUGAACAAGUUCCUUCACGCCUGCUCUGCUUCUAAGGUGAAAGUGGAGACAAUACUGGUUGAGAGUGACUCGGUGGCAAAGGCUUUAAUAGACCUAAUCACUAUUCUUCACAUUAAGAAGCUUGUUCUUGGGAUCGACAAGUCUAAUGCAAGGAAAGCAAAUUCGACAAGAGGAAACAGUGUUCCUGAACAGAUAAUGAGGAGCUCUGCAGCAGAACUGUGUGAGGUUAAGGUCAUAUGCCAAGGAAAAGAGAUACAGAUGGAGGUGGUGCCGGUGAUGGAGAGAGUCCCCUCCAAGUCCCCAAAAGUGCAGCAGAGAACUCCCUCCAAGUCUCCAAGAGAGCAACGGCCGAAGAAAGAUCCAUCCAAUGACCCUUUUGCUUGCAUUUGCUUUUUCAGUAAGCCCAAAACUAAUAGUUAA